AUGCCAGAUUACGAUUCAUACGAUGAGCCAAAUGCCGCCGAUGAGACUGUUCUUAACAAGUACAAGCUUGCCGGUGAAGUUGCUCACACUGUUUUGAAGGAACUUGUAAGUAAAUGUGUUCCUGGAGCAAAGAUAAUUGAACUGUGCGAGUAUGGCGACAAAAGAAUAGUCGAAGAAACUGGCAAGCUCUUCAAAAAGGAAAAAGAGAUGAAAAAAGGUGUUGCAUUUCCAACGACGAUUAGCGUGAACAACAUCAUUUGCAAUUAUUCUCCGAUAGCUGGUGAGGAAAAUGCUGUGGAAGAAUUAAAUCAUGAUGACUUGGUGAAAAUGUAUGUGAUCGGCUUUCAGAUUUACUUUGUUAGUGACUUAGGUGCCCAUGUUGACGGCUUCUCUUCUGUUAUCGGGCACACUUUUGUAAUUGGUGCCUCAGUGGAAAAUAAAGUUACUGGUCGCAAGGCGGAUGUUAUAGUGGCGGCGAAUGUGGCUGCCGAAGUAGCUAAGCGCUUGGUAAAACCUGGGAAUGAAAACUUCAAAGUUACUGACAUGAUCGCGAAGGCUGUGGCUGAUUUCAAUUGCAAGCCUGUGCAAGGUGUGGAGUCCCAUCUUAUGAAAAAGCUGGUCUUUGAUGGCGAUAAGAGCAUAGUUCUAAACCCCGAUGAGGGCCACAAGAAAUCCAUCGAGAAAUGUACUUUUGAGGUGUACGAGGCAUGGUUAUUGGACAUUAUCAUCUCAACGGGGAGUGGAAAGCCGAAGAAGCAUCCGGCUAGGACUACGGUCUUCAAGAAAAAUAAAAAUUUCUAUUAUCUAAAGAUGAACGCGUCAAGAAGAUUUUAUAGUGAAAUUUCGACCAAAUUUCAAGAGUGUCCUUUCAACAUCAGGUCGGUUGAAGACAUAAAAUCUGCGCGUUACGCAGUCACGGAGUGUUCCGUGCACAAUGUCAUAUCUCCAAUGCCAGUGCUUGUCGAAAGGGAAAAUGAGUUUGUUGCUCAGUUUAGGUUCACUGUUAUUCUUAUGCCUAAUGGCCUUAUGAAGAUCACUGGGCUGCCAUUCGAUUCUUCAUUAUACAAAACUGAAUUCAAGACAAAGGAUUCUGAGGUCAAGGAGCUUCUCGGUCAGCCAAUCAAGUCUUCUGGGGGUAAGAAAAAGAAAUCAGCGGCAACAGGAGAUCAACCAAAGGUAGCUGCGCAAGUUGUGUGA